GUGCGCGUGGGGCGUGGGGUGUGUGCCCGCGCCGUGCCCCCCGCGCGUGCUGCCGGGCGGGCGCUGGCGUGAGUCACGGCGGGGCUCGCCUUUAUAACGGCCCGCAGGCUCGCGCCAGCCGCCCGCCAGCCCGCCCGCCCGCCGCUCCGCGCUCCAGCGAGCGCGCCCCGGCCCCGCGCCCCCCAACGGCCCCCAACCGCCGCGCAGUCCCGAGGGCGCCAUGAGGGGCCCGCGCUGCGCCCCGCUGCUGCUCCUGCUGCUGCUGCCGCCGCUGCUGCUCACGCCCCCCGCCGGGGACGCCGCCGUCAUCACUGGGGCCUGCGACAAGGACCCCCAGUGUGGUGGAGGCAUGUGCUGUGCUGUUAGUAUCUGGGUUAAGAGCAUAAGGAUUUGCACACCUAUGGGCAAAGUGGGAGACAGCUGCCAUCCGCUGACUCGUAAAAACCAUUUUGGAAAUGGAAGGCAGGAGAGAAGAAAGAGGAAGAGAAGAAAAAGGAAAAAGGAGGUUCCAUUUUUUGGGCGGAGAAUGCAUCACACAUGUCCAUGUAUGCCGGGCUUAGCCUGUUUACGGACUUCAUUUAAUCGAUUUAUUUGUUUAGCCCGAAAGUAAUCACUUCAGAGUAGAAACUUUAAAUGUGAACACCCACAUGAUGUCUGUAAAGUCUAUUUACUUGUGAUUGUGCCCAACAAGUAUAAUAUGCCAGAAAGAAAUGCUCUUGCUUCCUCAGCUAUCCAAGUAACGUUUCUAUCUUUGAUGUUUAAAUGACUUUUUUUUUUUUUUCUGAAAGAGGAUUUCUAUUUUGGAUAAAAAUGUAGAGUGCGGGGCAUUAUGGAACCGGUUCUCAUUUCCCUGUUUGUGGUUUGGCUUGGUCUGGCCUUUUUUAAUGCCAGUAACUCACCCAUUUUCACAGAAAUGAGGAGAAUAAGAAUUUGGUCUUUUGUUACAGAAACUUUUUUGUCUGAAACCCCCUCACCCCAGCCCUGCCCACCACCACCACACACACACACACACACACACACACACACACACACACACACACCCUCUGGUCUCUUUUCUCUCCUCAAAGAAUUUUAAGGCCCCCACUUAUUCUUUGCCAUUUCCCUUCUGGGCCCUCUAGCAUUUUAACGAGGGGAACAGGGUUGUUAGAUAUCCUGUAGCUUGCUGGGAAAAUCAGUGUGGAAAAUCAAGCUUUUUUGCCUGAUACUUAAACAGCAAAGGGUGUGUGGUUGAACUAGACACUCCACAAUUUUCCUGGAUGAAGUAGAGGUGGGCAUACUCUCCAGCUUUCGUGGAACCUGUCCAUGCGACAGAACUUCAGAUCCACUGUGUGACAGGUGUGAGCUCAGAAGGCAUGGAAAGUCCAUUUAGACCUUAUUUCUAGAUUUAGGGUUUUUUGGGUUUUUUAGUAAAAAACACUUCUCCAAUAUGUUACACUUCUUUUUCUUCUUGUGAAGUUUAUUUUUUAAGUCUCAUAAUUAGAGAUGUUCCAGAAAAUGUCCCUUGAAGAGGAAGUAUUAAUUUUAAUCUGGCAUAACACUAGUUACCAUUUUAAAGUCGGUAUUAAGUUGUAAUUUAAACUUUACUUGUAACCAAAAGGUCUAUUGUAAUGGGUUACCUGACAUCCUGCCGUGUGUCCCUAUAUCAAUAUUGCUGUGUAAAAAUUCUGUAUCAGAAUAAUGACAGUAUUGUAUAUCAUUUGAUUUAUUUUAAUAUUAUAUCCUUAUUUUUGUCACAGUUGUUGUCAGUUUUUAUUACAAGCAGAUUUCUAUUAGCUCACAUUCUAAAAUGGGUAAAGACCCCCAAAUUGGUAAAAUAGCACCAACAGUAUUUGCGUGUUCACUUUACAUACAGGAAAGUUCUGUUUGCAUGAAUUUUAAGGUAGUACAAAAAAUAAACAAUGUGUAACUCGGUGAGGGUUUUGGAGCAAGAAGGAAAAUUGUGAUAUGCAGAACUGGUUGUAAUCAGGAAUGGACUCAUGGGAUUUCACUGUAUUGAUUCAGCAUAUAGUGACCCAGUGUUUACCAAGAGUGGUCAGGCAGGAUGCGAGGCGAUAGCCUUAAGGUGAUGCCAGUGGCCCAGCCUUGCAAAACCCACCAAGUAUUGUAAAUGGAAUCAACGUCAACAAAUAAACAGCUUAUGAAAUGUG